CCGAGAGGGAGCGAUUUCGCGCGUCGCUCAGUCGGGCGCCGGCCUUUGGCAGCGCCGGUCGUGUCAUGGAUUGCGCAAGGUAAAGGGCAUGCGGGCCGCGCUCGCCGCGCUCGCGGCUUGCUGCGUGGUGGCGCGCGCCGAGGUGCCCUCCGCGCGUCUUGCCCCGCGCAACACCACCGCCCAUCACGUCCUCCAGUGCAGCGACGGGCUCGUCCUUCCCGCUUGGCGGCCCCUCGAAGAUGUCCCGACCCUCGACAUCGCGAUCCGCGGCACCCUCUACUUCUUAUGCCUCAUGUAUCUUUUCAUCGGCGUAUCCAUCGUUUCGGACAGAUUCAUGGCCGCUAUCGAAGUCAUCACGUCCAGGGAGAAAGAAGUGCGCGUGCGACGAAACGGGAGCGAUCAAAUUGUCGUCGUACGAGUAUGGAAUGAAACUGUUGCCAACUUGACGUUAAUGGCACUUGGAUCGAGUGCCCCAGAGAUUUUACUAUCGGUCAUCGAAAUAGCAGGAAAGAAUUUCGAGGCUGGCGAUUUAGGGCCCGGCACUAUUGUGGGUUCCGCUGCAUAUAAUUUGUUCGUUAUCAUUGCAAUUUGCGUAUCCGUCAUUCCUGAUGGGGAAGUGCGUAAAAUUAAACAUCUGCGCGUAUUUCUGGUCACAGCAACCUGGUCUGUAUUUGCCUAUGUUUGGCUGUAUCUCAUUUUGGCAGUGAUAUCGCCGAGUGAAGUGGAAGUAUGGGAAGGUGCUGUCACGUUUUUAUUUUUCCCGGCUACCGUAUUAACAGCCUAUAUAGCAGACCGCAGGCUUUUGGUUUAUAAGUAUCUGAAAAAAGGAUACCGUGUCAAUGAGCGAGGAGUUAUUGUGGAAGGUGAAGGCGAUGGCUCUGUAGAGAUGGCCCUAAAGCCUUGUGAAUUUGGAGAUGAUGAAGAAGGUCGAGAAUUAGAAAAGUCACGCAAAGAAUAUAUAUCAGUAUUACGUGACUUAAGAAAACAGCAUCCUGAAGAAGAUUUAGAAACUGUUGAACGAAUGGCAUUAGAAACUUUGAUGUCAAGAGGCCCAAAAUCUCGUGCAUUUUAUAGAGUUGCAGCUACACGAAAAAUGACUGGUGGUGGUGACUUCUCACGUAAAAUAUCAGAGAGGGCGCAAAGUGAUUUAAGCGAAGUAAAAGCUGAGCUACAAAGGCGAGAAUCUACCUCUGUGACAGCCGAACCUAGAGGUCCACAUGUGCGGUUUGACCCAGACCACUAUACGGUAAUGGAAAACUGUGGAUCUUUCGAAGUGAGAGUCGUACGCGGUGGAGACUUGAGUGGAGAAGUCACUGUUCAGUAUACCACGGAGGAUGGUACAGCAGAAGCUGGUUCCGAUUACGUGGCAGCACAAGGCUCGCUUACAUUUGGGCGUGGUGAAACAGAGAAGAAGUUCACUGUCCAAGUGAUAGAUGACGAGGUCUUCGAAGAAGACGAGCAUUUCUUUGUGCGUUUAAGCACUCCAAAAGGGGCUUGUUUGGCCUCGCCAUCAAUGGCUACAGUGGUAAUAUUGGACGAUGAUCAUUCCGGUGUGUUUUCGUUCCCGCAAAGAGACUAUGAGUUGACGGAGUCGGUUGGGACGUAUGAGUUGAAAGUGAUGAGGACGGCGGGGGCAAGGGGCAAAGUGAAGAUCUCAUAUAACACAGAGGAUGGGACGGCGAAGAGCGGCGCGCAGUACGAGCCUGCAGAGGGACACAUUAUCUUCGAGAACAACGAAACUGAAAAAUUCAUCCCUCUGCAUAUCGUGGAAGAAGAUAGCUACGAAAAGGAUGUCCUCUUUUACGUGAACCUCGGGGAACCUGAGUUAAUCGGUGAUCGACAUAAACCCAUGCAAACUGGACGUGAAGUUAGUCACUUAACAACGCUGCCGGAGAACGAGGUGGUGGUGGCCAUGAUGGGGUUGCCCAAAGCCGGUGAGAUCACCAGGGCACAGCUCAGAAUUAAGGAGAGCAAGGAGUUUAAGAAUACAGUAGAUAAACUUGUUCAGAGAGCGAAUGCGUCGAUAAUAAUAGGCACAUCGUCAUGGAAAGAGCAAUUUGCGGAAGCUUUGACGGCCAGUUCAGAUAAUGCUGAUGAACCACCGUCGUGGUUAGACUAUAUAAUGCACAUUUUAACCCUUUUCUGGAAGAUUAUUUUUGCAUUUGUGCCUCCUACCGAUAUCGGAGGUGGUUACGUGUGCUUCGUGGUAUCGAUCAUAUGCAUUGGGUUGGUGACGGCCGUGAUUGGUGACGUCGCGUCGCACUUCGGCUGCACGCUCGGCAUCAAGGACUCGGUCACUGCCAUCGUGUUUGUGGCCCUGGGGACGAGUAUACCUGACACAUUCGCCAGCAAAGUGGCAGCCAUACAAGACAAGCACGCAGACGCUUCAGUGGGCAACGUCACGGGAUCCAACGCUGUCAACGUAUUCCUGGGCAUCGGAGUGGCCUGGACGGUAGCCGCUAUAGUGCAUUGGACGAAGAAUGAAAAGUUCCACGUUGAACCGGGAAACCUAGCCUUCAGCGUGACCAUGUUCUGUUCUGAAGCAGCAUUAGUUGUUCUGGUCCUCAUACUGAGAAGACGGAAGUCCAUUGGAGGUGAACUCGGUGGACCACGCUGCAUCAAGAUUGUCACUUCUAUCUUCUUCUUUUCACUGUGGCUCGUUUACCUUACCAUGUCCACUUUAGAAGCAUACGGGGUUAUCAAAGGAUUCUAAACUGGUGUCCAGUAUUUAUAAUUUUGUAUUAUUUUUGUUAGUUCCUUUUUGUAACUAGAACACAAUGUAUUUAUAUUUCGAUCUUCGAGUAAUGUUUAUUUAUUAAUAACUUCGAAUUUAUUUAUUUCGAUUCCUACAUUGCAAUGUUCUACGUGAACGUCCGUAUCAAUUAGUUGUUUAAGUUCAUUUAAUUUUUCUAGUAUUUUAUAACUGGACGGGUAUGUACUUGAUAUUUGACGAUGGAUAUUAUUAAAAAUACUGAUUCACUUCUAGAUAAUUAGAUUAGAUUUUCCAUGCAUUGAGGCGGCGUGCUCAAAUGUACAGGUAGAUUUCUUCCUAGAUUUUUGUGUCGUUCUAGCCUUGAUGGCUGUGGUUAAGGUCUAACUAGAUGUAAUAGAGAAUAUAAAUAUAUCUAAUAUAUUGAGAGAUAUUGUCGUAGUUGAUUUGUGUGAUGUAUUUUAUUGUAUUGUUUAAUGUGUGUUCAGUGCCAUAGGGAAAUGGGAACACGUGUUUUGUGGGCUCCUUUAUUAAUGAAAUUAACGUAAACAGUUUUUGAUUAAGUAAUUAUGUGUUUAGAUAUAUUUAUUUGUAGAUAUUUGAAUCGAUUUAUGGACCUUUCAUGAUCAUUGCUUUUUUAUUACAUAUUUUAGUCUGGCAGUUUUAUUUAUCUGUGGUAUAUUAUUCUCUCUCUAAACAGAUGGUAUAAUUUAUAAUGCAAGUAGGUAUGUAUGAUUGCAAAAAUAUUACAAUAUAUUUGUUUGAAAGCUUGUCGAAUUCCUUUAUAAAACCCCGAUAAAUACGAUUAAUUUGUCAGAUUGUUUUGUUGUUUUGCGUUUAUAUUUCUAAUAGGAUUUAUAAAGAUUUUAAUAAAUUUUCGAGGCCACAAAUGUCGUAGCUCCAGUAAUUUAAUAUUAUCAAAGCCUAAUUAAUUAAAAGCGAUGACAGAGCGUUGUCAGUUAAUUAUUUUUAGGACGCGACGUGUUAAUUAGAAUGUUGAUAAUUUUUGUAAAAUAAGUUUUUAAAUGGUAGAGUAUAAUGCCACCGCUAGAUUUUUUAUGUAUAUACACAGGAAAUAAUAUUUAUUGUUAGAACGUAUUUAUUGAGAGCAAUUACGUUUUUGAUAUUUUUAAUAUGUAAUUAUUUGUUAGUUAGAUAUUCAAUUUUUGGUUUAUAUUUCUAAAAAAAAAAAAAACUACAAUAUCCGUCUUACAUUUUUAUUUACCUUACAAAUCAAAUUCAGUAUUCGAAACAAACUCUUUAACUAGCUCUUGGACUACGUUUGUUAAGAAACUAUAAUCUAUUUCUAAUUGAAUGUUGUACCUUAAUGUCGUGCAUGCCAUUUUAGAUUUAAUAAUCUUAUACCUAAAUACUUUUUUCCUUCGAACCAUUCGUAUUAACUUUAAGUAAACUGUAAUUGCUCUACCAAAGAUAUCGCGAUAAUGUUUUCGCAUUUGACACUAAAUAUUAUAGAACGUUUAUAGUAUAAUGUAUGGUAUCAAAUACGCGUCGAAUGUUACGUAUUCCUAGCUUCUAAAAGACGUUUUAAAUACCUACAUUGCUGGUUUUUGUUUCAGUUAAAGAGAAAUUUACCUCUAAAAUAUCAAUGUAAACUGAAACAACAAAGAAUUCCGAGCAUGGUGGAAGCAAUAUUUAUAUGAUUUUAAUACAAUUUUAAAAAUUCAAAUGGAAUGAAACACAAAACCUAUACCUACAUGUAUAUCCCAUGAUACUAUAGUAAAUCAAAUGGCAUCUUGAAGAAAAAAAAAAUAGCUUUCCCAUUGUAAUAAAAGUUAGAUUAGCACUAUUCUCAAUCUGUAGUUGCAUACAUUUUAUCAAAAUCGGUCUAGCUGUUGCGUAUUGCUGGAAAAUUUUACGUAUGUCAACAUAAAAUUUUACUACUAUCAUCUUUCCUAAAAUUAUUGAUAUUUGGUACCUACGAUUUACAAAUACAUUUUUUAUUCGUUUUAUCCACGUGUUCACAUAAAUCUUUUUAAAAUUUUCAAGUUCACCGUACCCAAGUCCCUACCAACUUGGUUUCGAAUUUAUUUAACUUAGAAACUUUUUACAUUUUCUCAGUGUUAAUAUUGUAACUUUUGAAAUUACGAUUUUUGCGAAAUUAUUACGUCUUUUAUAUCUUGGUAGUUGUUUUUAUGAGGUAUUCAUGUUUAUUAUGAAUCUAUGUAGCUUUUAUAUUCAUUGGUUAAAUGUUUUGGCUAGUUAUUAUUAUACAGGGUGUCCCUCUGUUGGUAUACUAAGCUCAAAGGAGAUUAUAGUUUUGCAUACGCUGAGUACGGAAAAAAUACUUAUAAAAUU